AUGCGUGCAAGCUUUCAUUGCUGGGAUUCCUCUUCCCAAUGGCGCAAACGACCCAUAAAAAUGCUUCCUUUUUAGCUCAUCAGCACUGAUCCUUAAUAAGCUGAAAAAAAAUAUAUGAUUUUUCGCUUGUUUUUGCUGCUUCUCUGCCUUUGCUGACGAGCGUUGAACAUGCGCAUGAGAGAGAGAGAUGGAAAGAGGGAAGUACAGGUGUCGGAUGGUGAGGAAAAGAUGACGACUUGGGUUGUUACUGUGCUUGCUUUACCAUUUUGGGUUGCCUGGCGUUUUCUCUUGUGAACUUUGUUUGUAUGUGAAGAUGCCCAUCUUGGGAAGCGGCGUCAUUUAAGGCGGUUUAUGGUUUUAGCUACCAGUUUCAAACUGUGAUCUCUUUGGUUUCUUGAAGGGUCUUUUUUGUUUCUUGAUUUGGUGCUCUAGGCCUUUGUUGGAGAGAUGAGUGGAGUGGUGCAAGUUGCUGCAGUUGCUUCUAUUUGCAGCUUGCUGCAGGGAUGGGACAACGCAGCGAUUGCUGGAGCUGCUAUAUACAUCAAAAGGGAUUAUGAAUUGGAGAAGAAUCCCAACAUAGAGGGACUUACUGUCGCUAUGUCAUUCAUCGGAGCCAUAAUCAUUACGACUUUAGGUGGAGCAAUUUCAGAUUGGAUUGGCAGACGGCCUUUGAUAAUACUCUCAUCAGUUCUGUACUUCAUUGGUGGCCUUCUAAUCUUUUGGGCACCUAAUAUCCAUGUCCUACUUGUGGCAAGGCUUAUAGAUGGGUUUGGAGUUGGUCUAGCUGUUAUGCUUGUUCCUGUGUAUAUCUCAGAGAUUUCCCCAUCAGAUGAAAGGGGAUUUUUAAAUACUCUCCCACAAUUCUGUGGUUGUGGAGGGAUGUUCUUGUCAUACAGUGUGAUUUUUGCAAUGUCUUUGAUGGCAGAACCUGAGUGGAGAUUCAUACUUGGAGCUCUUGCCAUCCCCUCUGUCAUUUCUUUAGCAUUAACGAUAUUUUAUCUUCCCGAGUCCCCACGUUGGCUUGUGAGCAAGGGGAGAAUGAUGGAGGCUAAGUUGGUUUUGCAGAGAUUACGUGGAAAGGAAGAUGUCUCAGGUGAAAUGGCUCUUCUUGUUGAAGGUUUAGGCACCAAAGGGGAGACAUCCAUUGAGGAAUAUAUUAUUGGAUCUGCUAAUGAGCUCACUGAUGAUCAGGGAGGUCCAACUGAUGAAAAAGAAAGGAGCAUAUUAUUUGGUUUUGAAGAUGGACGCUGUUGGGUUGCACGACCCAUAGCUGGACAAACUGUCAUCGUUAGCCCCCUGGUCCAAGCUUACUGCCAUGGAAAUAUAGAUGAUGAGAUAUAUCUUAUUAAGGACAAUGUAGUCACUCUCUUUGGCUGUGUUCACAGGAAUAUACCUGAGAUGGGAAGCUUACGAAGCUCAAUGUUCCCCAAUUUUCGUAGCAUGUUUACUAUCUCAGAGCAGAACCUUGGAACCGAGCAGUUUUAUGAAGAGAUUGGUCAAGUGGAAGGCGAGGAAUACACAACUGAAGCUGUACCUUCAAAUUCAGAAGAAGCCUUGCAGAGUCCAUUGCUAUCUCGCCAAACAAGUGGGGAAGGUGAUGACAUUGUCCCACUACGUGCUAACAACGACACUCUGAUUAAUAUUCCAAGGAGUUUUCAAGGAUGUGAGGUGAUAAUUGGCGGCACGGGAGUUGGUGGAGGAUGGCAGCUUGCAUGGAAAUGGUCGGAAAGAGAAGGUGCCAAUGGAAAGACUGAAGUAGCAUUCAAGAGAAUUUAUUUGCACCAAGAGGCUAUCCUUGGGUCAGGGACUGGUUCUAAUGUCGGCGCUGUGGGAGCUGACCUCCCAGAAGUACCUGAGUACAUCAAGGCUUCUGCUUUGGUGAGCCUGCCAGCUCUUUGUCCUAAGGAACUCAUUGAUCAUGAUCCAUCGGGGCCAAUUAUGUUCCACCCCUUGAAAAAAGCUACUAAAGGGCCGAGGUGGAGUGAUAUUUUUGAAGCUGGAGUUCGCCAUGCACUGUUUCUGGGGAUCAGUAUUCAACUUUUACAGCAGUUUGCCGGUAUAAAUGGAGUUCUGUACUAUGCCCCUCAGAUUCUCAAUCAAGCAGGAGCUGAAGUUCUUCUUCAAAACAUGGGCAUUGGUUCUGAUUCUGCAGUUUUCCUUCUCAGUGCUCUGGUUACCAUGUUGAUGCUUCCCUGUAUAGCUAUUACCAUGAGGCUUGUCGAUAUCAUCGGGAGGAGGUCAAUGCUACUUGCUACCAUUCCAGUAUUGAUUGUAUCAUCACUAAUACUAAUUGCGGCAAACCUUGUACCAAUGAGCACCAUGGUCCAUGCAGCACUCUCCACCAUUAGCAUCAUCAUCUAUGUCUGUUGCUUUUUCUUGGGCUUUGGUCCAAUCCCCAGCAUUUUAUGCUCAGAGAUCUUCCCGACAUGCAUCCGUGGUGUCUGCAUCAGUGUCUGCCUUCUUGCUUUUUUCAUUGGGGCCAUUACUAUGACAUACUCAGUUCCUGUUUUGCUCAAUUCCAUCGGUCUCGCUCGGCUGUUCGGAGUAUAUGGUGUUGCAUGCAUCAUGGGAUUGAUGUUUGUCUACUUUAAGGUGCCUGAAACUAAGGGUAUACCCCUGGAGAUUAUCACUGAACUCUUUGCUGUUGGUGCUAAGAAAGUUGCCAGAAAUUCAAAUAAAUAACAGGACCGAGAAGUGCAGAGUGAUCAAUCUGAAGCUUAAAUGUUUGUAUAGUUCUUCAGAAUGUUAAUGGGCAGGGGUUGUAAUUGAAGAGUGACUUUGUCAUGAUAGAAUUGUUGUAGAUUUUGAUGAGGAUGUUUUUAGAUUCAGUGUAUGUGUUAACAGGAGUCUUGUAAAGAUUUUUGCAGUUUUUUGUCCUUGCCAAGUUUUACUGAUUUGUGUGU